GUGGAAGGGAAAAUACGUACAGUGAAUCUUGUUCUUCCCGCGUCAGCGGUAAUAGAGAGUGCUAUUGGAUUUUGUCAUUUGUAGUGUUGAUUUUGACAUCUGGCAUAGGAAAAGAUGAGCCGCGCGGUGCUGCAGGUAUAAAAAUACUUUCGUCUGCGACACGAGGAUAUUGAUUGAGUAUUUUUCCGCACAUUCUUCACCAAAGAAAAAGCUGUCAUCCUACAACGAGAGCAAGAAUUCUCGUGUAUCUAUCCUCCUGAGAACUUCAGCAACGUUUUGGGUGUCACACAUCACAACCAUCCUCAGGUCUUCGAGGAAUACCAGAAGGCGCGUGUUACAUUCGUGCAGACGGUCGCGGAUCUCGCCACGAGGCCACAGAAUAUCGACGCCUUGCAGAAUGCUGGGGUACUACUGUUAGACCUUCGAAAAAAAAUGAUACAGUUACAGCAAUACGUCUGGUUCAUCAUCAUAGAAUAGAUCAAGUUGUCUCAUUUUGUCGUCAGAGAAAAAGAUCAGCAUGACUACUGAUGAAGUUUUGUAGUACCAUGAAACGAUCAUGACCGAUUAUUGUAGUUGUUGGUCUUGGACUUGGUAAUCUUCAAUUUUCUUUGCACUCAACAUUACUUCUAUGUUUACAUAUAUUUCUCAGGUUAUGGCAUUGCUCCGACCUCUCUUAUUGGAUAAUGUCGCAAGCAUCCAGCAGUCUGCGGCUUUGGCGCUUGGGCGAUUGGCAAAUUAUUCAGAUGAAUUGGCCGAGAGCGUAGUUACACACGAAAUCCUGCCACAGCUUGUGUACUAUAGAUACCGUCUAGUUCCUUACUAUCUGAUGGUUAGUGUUUCCUACCAGCACCUGCAUGUUGUUUAGUACUUAUGUGAAUAACAUCAGAUGUUCUUCUUACACUGCCGUCAACAUCAAUACCCUACCAGGUUCUCACUUUCGCAGCAGAACCGAUUUUACAAGAAGGCCGCAGCAUUUGUCCUUCGAGCGGUGAGCAAACACUCCCCACAGCUUGCACAGGCAGUCGUCGAUUCAGGCGCCUUAGACGCAUUGGUAACAAAAAAACUUAUCUGCUGAUGGGUGAAUGGAAAUUAGACCAACCACUUCUACUCGUUUCGUUAUCAGGUAUUUAUCCUUGUUGAAUAGAACAUGCGUCUGCUACUAGAUAUGAAAUCAAGAGUUGUCAAUAAUAUCUUUGUCGUACUAAAAGGUGACUUGCCUGGAAGAGUUUGAUCCAUCGGUGAAAGAAGCGGCAGCCUGGGCUCUCGGAUAUAUCGCACGACACACCAAGGAGUUGGCGCAAACCGUUGUAGAUGCCGGUGCAGUGCCACUACUUGUGUUGUGCUUCCAGGAACCGGAAAUCACACUGAAACGAAUCGCAGCGAGCGCUAUGUCCGAUAUCUGCAAGCACUCACCAGAACUCGCACAGACGGUACGAAAACUUUUACUCCUAGUUGAAGACGACAAAUAUGUCAAUAUUUUUCAUUAAAGUCGACUGGUAUGACAUCAUUGAGCAUCGACAUCCUUUUUACUAGGUGCAAGACGCCGGUGCUGUACCGCUUAUCGCAAAGGAUAUCUCACAUGUGGAUGCCCCAUUGAAGAGGCAAGUGUGCUCGUGCUUGGCGCAGAUCGCGAAGCAUUCAGUGGAUCUCGCGGAAGUGGUACUAUCGUACUUUCAGAGCCAGUUGUACGACGUAGCUGCUGCAAUACUGCUUCAAAGUUUUGAGAAAGUGGAUGCAAAUAAUGUCUCUGUUACUAUUGUCUCUACAGGAAGAUCGAUGUUUUUUCAUCCCGACAAAACAACGAUCAAUUGCUUAGGUAGUAGAAGCAGAAAUAUUCCCGAGAAUUCUGCAUUGCCUGAAGGAUGUAGACGAGUACGUGAGAAAAAAUGCCGCCACUUGCGUUCGAGAAAUCGCAAGACACACACCAGAUUUGGCAAAGCUUAUCGUCAACGCUGGUGGUGUCGCGGCUAUGGUCGAUGUACUUCUCUCCAAUCGUCUUAUCACUUUUCUUCGCAUUUAUUGAGCGUAUGGGUAUUCUUGAUUUUGACCUCGUUGAAGUCGAGGUUCAUCGCACGCAUGAUUGACAGGAUUUGGCGUCCUCCACGUCUCUCUUUGCAUUACCUCAUGAAACUAACAACCACAGUACAUCACCGAAGCACGCGGAAACAACCGACUGCCGGGUAUCAUGACCCUCGGUUACGUUGCGGCAUUCUCGGAGACACUGGCGCUUGCAGUUGUGGUCUCAAAAGGUGACAAUGUCAAUAAUUGCCCUUAUACUGAGGUCUUGACAACGGCAUUUCAGGCAUGAUUUCGACUAACCCCAUUUCACAGUAUCUUGUACUUCUUUGAUAUUAUAAUAUAACCAGUUGUAGCUAGAGUAGAUUGAAGCUUUUUUGUAAUGCGGCAUAGUUUUCAGUAUCUUUGUCAACCAGGUAUUCCACCGCUGAAAGAUGCGCUUAUCAACGAGCCAGAAGAUCACCUAAAGGCGGCUAGCGCGUGGAGCUUAGGUCAGAUCGGACGGCACUCACCAGAUCACGCGAGAGCGCUUGCAGAAGCAGAUGUCCUCAGAAGGCUUCUCGCAGUGUACUUAUCCUUUAAUGAGUCGUGUUUUUUCGUAACCAAGCCGAAUAUUGAAUUUUCAAUUUUGAUAUACAGGAUAUGUACUCACAAACGGUGGAAUGAAUACUUUUCGUACUGAAUACACUUCAUGGAUUACAUUUUCAUAGGUAUCUGCAUGGCGACUCAUCGGAAGAUUUGAAGACUAAGGCCAAGCGGGCUUUGAAAUCAGUAGUGCAGAAGUGCACCCACUUGACGGCACUCGAGCCCCUGUUGCAGGAAUCGCCACCAAAUAUCUUGAAAUAUGUUGUCCAGCAGUUCGCUAAGGUUCUGCCGCACGAUCUUCAAGCCAGGAGAAGUUUCGUCCAGUCCGGAUCACUUCAGAAAAUCCAGGAAGUCAAUGCAGAGGUACCACGAAAUUGUAUGUGCAGUAAUUUCGUUGAGUACAACAUUGAUUUGAUGAUCUUCAUCAUGGUACUAGAGCGUGAUUAGGCAAAAAUCAUAUUAUAAUAUAAAAACAAACGAACUCCACUAUUAAUAUCUUGUGCAACAACAUCAAUGCAGGUCGGCUCAAAGCUCAAGGACUAUAUCGACGAAAUCAACAACCUGUAUCCGCCGGAGAUUGUCAACUACUACUCUCCGAACUAUGCGGAGACGCUGAUCAAGAAAAUGGACGAAUAUUCUGGCGGUUCCAACUAAGCGCUUAUGCGCUCAUGAUUGUAAUCCAUUUCAACUUCUUCAGCCGGUAUCAGAAGUAUGAAGAUGGUGCUAUGUCUUUUCUCCUGAUUAGUAGAGUUAUAGUAAUGUGAGUAGGUAUGCCAAAAUAUGUGGCACGAUGACCAGCUCCACGCGUUGAGCACAAAAAAACUGUCUCUGCUACUCUCUCAAGUAAGUAGGAUUGAGAGGGGUAGGAUGAUAUGAUCUUCUGUCGAAUAAAAACAAGACUUCUUCGAUUUUACUUUUCACAAAACUCAAAACAAUUGCUUGAAGAUAGAGAAUUCGCUAUUAUCACAAAAUAAUGACAUCAGUAGGAAAAAAUUUAGUAUGGAAAGAUUGAAUCAUGAACUGUGAACUUUUAUGACAAGGAAAGUCGAUGCUGAGGCCGGGCAAGGUGACCGAAAGGGGUGACAAAUAGAAGUACCACGCGCCCAACGACGAUACUUGAGAAACUCUGGUAAUCUUUCUUGGUGUAACCCGGUAACAAUCACAAUUUUGAUUAGGAUGUGCUAGACACAAUAAUGCAAACAACAAUCUAAUUUUCUUACAGAAUUCGCUAAGGAACAGGAAAGAAAUUGUGCAUUAAACAAUUCACAUCAAUGUCGUGUAUUUUGUCGGAAUAAAGUAAUGAUACCAGAAGUAUUUUAAUGGUGAAAGUGCAAAGAACCGGCUCGUUAGUAUAGGUGAUUAUCAUGUAGCUUUGGAAAGGUAUGAAUAAGCCCUAUCGGGCCGUAAAGCUGAACUAAAAAGUACUGAACCAAGAUGUGUACUCAUGUUGCUUGAAGAUAUGUGUCUGUAGUCGCCAAAAAACACUCCAUGGAUGAAUAAUGUUGCACCUCUAAUUUCCUUGUAUAUAUUCGUAAUUCAUCUGAUGAUGACUUCAACAGUUUUCCGUUCGUCAAGAUGUAGUCGAAGGACGGCACAACAAGAACAGCAUAGAAAGACUGGUGACUUGUUGCGGGUCGGGUGGAGUCCAUGACGAGUCGCGCUUCAACACACUCUUUGACCGAGUUGGGAUCGGAAACUUCAUCUCUCAAAAAAUGAACUAUGGGUUGAAUAUGAAACACGAACAAACUAGGAAUAUA